CCAUCAUCUUCUAUUGCUCAACCGCCUUCUUCUACUGCUUAUCCGCCUUCAGGUACCGCUUAUCCACCAUCUUCUACUGCCCAAUCGCAUCCUUCUACUGCUUAUCCACCAUCUUCUACUGGUUAUCCACCUUCGGGUACCGCUUAUCCACCAUCUUCUACUGCCCAACCGCAUCCUUCUACUGGUUAUCCACCUUCAGGUACCGCUUAUCCACCAUCUUCUACUGCCCAACCGCAUCCUUCUACUGCUCAACCGCAUCCUUCUACUGGUACCGCUUAUCCACCAUCUUCUACUGCCCAAAAGCAUCCUCCUACUGCCCAACCGCCUCCUUCUACUGGUUAUCCACCUUCAGGUGCCGCUUAUCCACCAUCUUCUACCGUUUAUCCACCUUCAGGUGCUGUUUAUCCUCCUUCAACUGCUGCUUACCCUCCUUCAACUGCUGCUUAUCCACCUUCAGGUACUGCAAAUCCAACUUCAACAGCGACUUAUCCACCUUCAGCCCCUGCUUAUCCACCACAACCACGCAAUGCUUACCCGUCUCCA